CGCGUUGCUUUGUGCCACGUUGAUGGAGACCAGUGGGGACGUGGAAAUCUGUCUGGAGUCCGCUGCUGGGACCGGCUCGCCUCUUUCUUAUUCUUUGUACAGCCGUUAAUCUUUAAGCAGGGCCGAAAGGACAAGUUCUGUGUUUAGACGGUGCCAGUGUCUGUCAUUUAUUAUAUGAUUGUUUAUGAAAAAAGGCGGAACAAAGUGAAGGAUGAAACUCAAAGAGAUCAACCGCACAGCUAUCCAGAGCUGGAGUCCUGCACAGCACCACCCCAUAUACCUGGCAACAGGAACAUCAGCUCAGCAGCUGGAUGCCUCCUUCAGCACCAAUGCCUCCUUGGAAUUUUUUGAGCUGGACUUGGGUGACUCAUCCCUGGACAUGAAAUCAUGUGGCAGCUUCGCCUCCACUCACAGGUACCACAAACUGGUUUGGGGUCCCUAUGGGAUGGAUAGCGAGGUUCAUCCGUCCGGUGUCCUCAUCGCAGGAGGCGAGAAUGGUAACGUUAUUCUGUACGACCCUGCAAAGAUCAUUGCUGGAGAGAGUGAUGUGAUCAUUGCUGAAAGCGACAAGCACACAGGGCCAGUGCGGGCUCUCGACGUAAACCCAUUCCAGACAAACUUGGUUGCAUCAGGUGGGAAUGAGUCAGAAAUUUAUAUCUGGGACAUGAAUAAUUUCAGUUCUCCAAUGACACCUGGACCUAAAACCCAGCCUCUGGAGGACAUCAGCUGUGUGUCGUGGAACAGGCAGGUGCAACACAUUCUGGCCUCCGCUAGCCCCAGUGGCCGUGCUUCAGUGUGGGACCUCCGCAAGAAUGAUCUCAUCAUUAAAGUCAGCGACCACAGCAACAGAAUGCAUUGUUCUGGGCUGGCCUGGAACCCAGAAGUGGCCACUCAGCUGGUGCUGGCAUCAGAGGACGAUCGGAUGCCGGUCAUCCAGAUGUGGGACUUACGCUUUGCUACCUCUCCUCUCAAGAUUUUAGAAAACCACACACGGGGUAUCCUGUCAAUUGCCUGGAGCUUAGCUGAUCCAGAGUUGCUCCUGAGCUGCGGGAAAGACAACAGGAUUCUGUGCUGGAAUCCAAACACAGCAGAGGUGCUGUACGAGCUGCCCAUCAGCAGUCAGUGGUGCUUUGACAUCCAGUGGUGUCCCAGGAACCCUGCAGUGCUGUCGGCUGCAGGGUUUGACGGACACAUCGACAUCUAUUCCAUCAUGGGAGGAAGCAGCCAGGCUCAAAGCCAGAGACACGCUGACCAGAUCAGCAACUCGUUUGGGAACAUGGAUCCUUUUGGGACAGGACAAACGUUGCCCCCGCUGCAGCUUCCCCAGACGUCUGCUCCUCCAGCUACAGUAAACCCCUUAAAGAAACCACCCAAGUGGAUCCGCAGACCCGUAGGAGCCUCGUUCGCUUUCGGAGGGAAGCUGGUUUCUCUGGAGAACACAAAGCCCAACCCUCAGCAACCUCAGCAGCCCACCUCACACGUGGUGCACAUCAGCCAGGUCGUUACAGAAACGGCCUUUUUGAAGCGCUCGGAGCAACUGCAGGCGACUCUGAGCGCAGGCAGCUUCGUGGGUUUCUGCCAGCAGAAGAUCGAUGCAGCUGGAAACCAGUUUGAAAGAACCGUGUGGUCUUUCCUCAAGGCUAAUUUUGAAAGUGAUAUUCGGAGCAAGUACCUUGAACUUCUGGGAUACAACAAAGAGGAAUUAGCAUUAAAGAUUUCAGCUGCGCUAGAGGAAAAACCUCCCAAAGUGGAUGUUCCCACUCCAGCCAACCUCAGCCUUUUGCUGCCUGCUGACACUCCUGAGGCAGCGUUUGAUAUGAUUGCUGCUGCAAACCUUCAGCCGGCAGCCACACUGGAGGUGGACUCUGCUCCCGAAACCAAUGCUGAGGAGCUGGCAGCAGUAAAAGACCUUGACAGCGAGCCAGAAGCGAAUGUGGACCAGGUUCUCUCACAGGAGGAAGAGGAGGAUGAGAUCCCGUUGGAGGAGGAGGCAACAACACCAGUGGAGGAAGAUCCCAGUCCUGCUGAUGCCUUAGCCCCAGCUGAGGAUUUCACUAUUGUGCCACCUCCAGCUCCCACCCCUGCUGGAGGAGUCAGCCUCGGCAUCAGCCAAGAUGUGGACGGACUGAUCACACAGGCUCUGCUCAUUGGAGACUUUGAGGGAGCUGUUGAGCUCUGUCUCCAUGACAACCGCAUGGCAGACAGCAUCAUCCUGGCCAUCGCGGGAGGGGCCGAACUCUUGGAGAAAACCCAGAAGAAAUACUUUACGAAAACACACAGCAAGAUAACAAAGCUGAUCAGUGCAGUGGUGAUGAAAGACUGGUAUGACAUCAUGAAGAUGUGCGACCUUCACAACUGGAAGGAAGCUCUGGCCGCUGUCAUAACUUACGCUCAGCCUGAAGAGUUCUCCGCCCUCUGUGACCUUCUCGGAGGGAGACUGGAAGCCGCAGAAGACGCUCAGCUACAAGCGCAGGCCUGUCUGUGUUACAUCUGUGCUGGCAACGUGGAGAAGCUUGUGUCUUGUUGGACCAAAGCACAGGAUGGAAACUGUCCUCUGUCUCUCCAGGACCUGGUAGAGAAGGUUGUGGUGCUGCGUCGUGCAGUGGAGCAGACUCAGAGCUCUGGUCCUGCUGCUAUUGGCGUCCUGCUGGCUGAUAGAAUGAGCCAGUACGCCAACCUGCUGGCCUCCCAGGGCAGCCUGUCCACCGCCCUCACCUACUUGCCAGACAACACCAGCCAGGUCGCCAUACAGCAGCUUCGUCUUCGCCUCAGCCGGGCUCUGGGACAGCAGCCGGCAGCUCCGGCGGCACCGGCGCAAACCCGGAGAUCUCAGCCUCAGCUGCCAGCCCCUCAGCACGGCUCAGCCCCUCGCCAGCACCCCUUCGCCCCGGUCCAACCCGCCAUGGUGCCUCCAGCCACUGCAGCAGCUCCAGUGCUCGCGCCUACGUCCGCUCCCGCUCCAUCACAGCCGCAGUAUUACCAGCCAGUGAGGGCUGCAUCCACAGUCACCUCCUGGAGUAACCAAACUCCCACAGCCCUCCCCAAUGUCCCCUCUCCACUCCAAGUAGGCAGCGCCUCAGACCAGAAGGUGGAGCCUUCGAGUCCUGUGUAUGGUUUGUCUGCCUUCGGUUCAGCUGCUCCACUUCCGGCCUCGUCAGCUCCUGCGUACAUGUUCUCCCAGCAGUACCAGCCCUACCCCCAGGUCAACCAGUACCCACCUGGAGCUGGGGGGGCGCCUAUCUAUCAGCCUCUUCAGUAUUCCUCCUCUGCUGCUCCUCACCCCCCAGAGCCGUCAGCUCCUCCUCACCCCCCUGGCUUUCUCUCUCAGUACACACAGUUCGUCCCUUCUCAGCCAUCCCCUCCUGUCUAUGGAGCACCUCCUCUCAACCAGUGCCCGGCCUCUUCUCCUCCUUUCUUUGCACCCUCUUCCUCCUCCUACUUUUCUGCCUCUCCGUCCUCCGGAGACUCUUACCAGCAUGGCGGCCCAGGAUCUCCUGUGUCGUACAUGGCUCAUCCUCCACCAGGCGGAGUCUCAGGUACACAUCUUGACCUGGAGUUGAUCCCGGCCUCUCAGAGAACAGGGCCUCAGAAUGGCUGGAAUGACCCACCGGCCCUGAGCAGAGCACCAAAGAAGAAGCAGGUUCCAGAGAACUACACCCCCCCGGCCCCCAUCACUGCUCCCAUCAUGGCUCCUCUGGGCGCUGACCCUCAGGUUCAGCUGGUGUCUUCUGGGGCCCCCCAGGUCCCCUUCUCAGGCAUGCACCAGCAGCAGCAAUCGCUCCCCCCUGCAGCCAUGAACCCUGCCAUGCCCACGACCAGUAUGGAAGGUGCACCAGGAGCACCCACUGGAGAAGUCAUACAGCCUCUGCAGUCCAUCCCGGCUGAGAAGAUCCUGAAGAAGCCGAUUCCUGAGGAGCACCUGGUCCUGAAGACCACAUUUGAGGCUCUGAUCCAGAAGUGUUUGGCUGUUGCCACAGAUCCUCAAACUAAGAGGAAGCUCGACGAUGCCAACAAACGCCUGGAAGCUCUCUACGACAAACUCAGAGAGCAAACGCUGUCUCCUGCUAUUGUUGGAGGUCUACACAACAUAGCCAGGACUAUUGAGUCCCGGUCCUACACGGAGGGCCUCAACAUCCACACCCACAUAGUCAGUAACAGCAACUUCAGCGAGACGUCAGCGUUUAUGCCCGUACUCAAGGUGGUGCUGACACAAGCCAACAAACUGGGAGUGUGAUCGGGCAGAAUUAGAAACUCCAGAGUCCUGAGCUGGAGGACGCUGGAGCAAAGUCGAGCGGAGCAUUGUGUUAAAAACUGUCGGUCUCUAGUUUCACAGGAAGUAAUGAAGAAUUCUGAGGUGUUUUGAAACACUGUUCAGUUCUUCUUUAUGUUAUUUGUGUUUUCAGAGCUCAUGCUUUCAGCAGCCACAGAGGUGAACAUAAAUCCUGACAAUUAAAGGGCUACACACAUUAAUGAAGCUACCAACAUAGUCUGUCAACACUAAAGAUCUGUUUGUAAUUCAUCCUUGUAGUCUCAUGAAUUAAAUGAGUAUUUGAAAUGUACUGUUAAAAUCAAAUCUGCAAAUGGACAGAGUUGUCGUGAGCAAAGGAUUCCAUGGGCAUUUCUUUCAAACUAAAUCUGGUCAUGGGCUUUUGUAAACAAAUGUAUAUUUGUAGCUGUUAUUGCAAGUUCAGCAUGUUUUUACGCCCACAGUUGCGCAAUUAUGCAAUCACUAAGGAAAUGUUUCUGGAUGUUGUUUAUCCUCAUAUUAGUCCAAUGCCAGAUCAAAUCACACACCCUUUAAUACAAUGUUGGAGGGCGCUUUAUUUUGAAAUGUAAAUGCAUCAUUGUCUGCAUGUAUAUUGCAGCAGAUAAACAUAAUAAGCAUCAUAUAAAGCAGGUCAUUGUUUAGACCUAAUGCCAGUUGUCAUUUUGCUGACUACACACAAAUGUUGGAACAAGAUGUCUGAGACGUGUCGGUGCAAAGCAGAACAAUCCCAGUGUAACGUGUGCAUGCUUAAAAAACGCUACCAGUCGUUUUUAAUUGUCCGCUGCUUACUUAGACCUCAGAAGGAGCCUGGAAGGAGACCUGUACUUGACUUUCAUUCCAUCUGUGGCGAGCGCUGGUGGCUGAGUGGUCAACCUCAUGCUAACAAAAGAAAACAAGCUUUUGACUACAUGCAAUAUUUUCAAUAAAUAGUAUUUAUUUACAAUACCAAAA